AUGGCCUCGUCCGUUUCAGAGAAAUAUUCCGGAUCAGGUGUACUAAUUGUCGACACAAUCAGUUCGUCUGUACUCUUGGUGUUUGAUUACACGAAAAAUUACAAUUGCUGUGGCGGUUAUAUCAAAUACGAUUUGGAUGAACCGAAAUGUUUAGAGAAAACUGCACAGGAAGAAUUGCGCGAAGAAACACGUACUCUUUUCUCUUGUGAUUUAGACCAUUUGGCAUCUUGCCCAUUUGUUGACGUACAGUUUUCUGACGAAAUCUUUCGUUGUUAUAUAUACAAAGUAGCGUGUGAUAGGGAUGUGUGCAGUCGAUUCGAACAGUUUGAUUUGACGGAAUUAUCGAAUGAUCAUUCGUAUCUUGAGACUACUUCAAUGAGAUUCUUUCCGUUGAAGCAAUUUCACGAGAAGAAACCGUGGAAGAUGAUUGAUCGGACGUCAAUGGGACGCGAUCAGUCUGGACAGCAGUGUCCUUUACAUCGGCGAGUUAUUUCUGUCAUUAAGCAAGGAAUACAACAAAAGUUAUUGUGA